AUGGACGCCGUCGAUGAUGGAUCCCCGACCCUCUUCCAGUUCCAAUCCCCUCAUCCACCGGCGGAGGCGGCCUCCGCCAUGACGACGACGACGCCCACGAGGAGCAAUUCCCUCGGGAAGCCCAAAACCCAGGGCAAGAGAAGCCACAAAUCGGCCCCAAAACCGCCUCCGAUCCUCCCAAUCCUCUCCGCCGCCGCCACGACGGCGCAAUGUUUCGUUACCGGUAACGGCGCCCGAAUGCUCCCUUCUCAGCUCGUCGAUUUCCAGCGCCAACUCGAUUCCCUAUCCCUUCCCGUCCAGAUUCCCUCAUCUCUGCCCGACUAA